AUGGCCUCUACUGGCUCGGGCUAUAGCAGGGCGGAUGGUUUAAUUGCUUGUGCAUUGUUGGUAGCAGUUCUUUUUGCUGGAACCAAUGCAAUUGAUAUUUUUCUAGAAUGGAAUGUUGCUCUUGACACCACUCUCCAACCAGUGUCACAAGAUCAACCUGUUAUCACCAUCAAUGGGUUGUUCCCCGGACCCCUUAUCAAUGCCACAACCAAUGAUUUCAUCCAUGUCAACAUCUUUAACAACAUGGAUGAACCAGUUCUCUUCACAUGGAAUGGAAUCCAACAAAGGCUAAAUUCAUGGCAAGAUGGAGUUUCAGGAACAAACUGCCCAAUCAAGCCUGGUACAAACUGGACAUACGUGUUCCAAACCAAGGACCAAAUUGGCAGCUUCUUCUACUUCCCCAGCAUCAAUUUCCAAAAGGCUGCUGGAGGAUAUGGACCUAUUCGUGUCAACAAUCGAGUGGUCAUCGACGUUCCAUUCCCUAAACCAGAAGCAGAGUUCGAUCUCCUUAUUGGUGAUUGGUACUUCAGCAGCUACAAGUGGAUAAGGUCAGCAGUACAGAACAACUCAAUAACUGCAUAUUAUAGUCCCCCUAAUACCAUUUUGAUGAAUGGCAAAAGCCCUUAUAACACCAAAUGGUCAAAAGCAUAUGAGUCAUUCACCGUCACAAAAGGGAAGACUUACAGGUUAAGGAUAUCAAAUGUUGGGAAUGCUUUCAGUCUGAAUUUCAGGAUUCAAAAUCACAAAUUAUUGCCGGUUGAAACAGAAGGAUCUUAUACAAAUCAGAUACUUUUGGAUUCUUUGGACAUUCAUGUUGGGCAGUCCUACUCAAUUCUUGUCACAGCGGAUCAAAAUGAAGCUGAUUAUUACAUGGUGGCAAGCUCUAAAUUGGAUUCCAAAGGCCCAAUAGGCAGCCUUGAGGGUGUUGGGGUGCUACACUAUUCCAAUUCUAGUACACCAGCCAUUGGGCCUCUCCCGGUUGGACCUGACAAGGAUGAUAUUGAGUUUUCCAUGAAUCAAGCCAAGUCUAUUAGGUGGAACUUAACCACAGGAGCUGCAAGGCCAAACCCACAAGGAACCUUCAAUGUAUCAAACAUCACACUGUCUCAAACCUUCAUCCUCCAAGUCUCAACAGCCGAAAUAGAUGGAUCACCACGCUAUGUCGUGAACAAUGUAUCAUAUUGGACUGUGGAAACACCAUUGAAACUGGCUGAUCAGUUUGUCAAUGGUUCAGGAGUAUACCAACUGGAUGCAUUCCCAGUUCAGUAUGUCAAUUUGAAUGCUUCAUAUGGAGUCUCUGUUGUGAGUGGGAUCCAUAAAGGUUGGGUCGAGAUUGUGUUCAAGAACAAUUUGGAUGUCGUGGAUUCUUGGCAUUUGGAUGGUUUUGGAUUCCAUGUUGUUGGGUAUGGCAUUGGAGAAUGGACACCGGAACUUCGUAACACUUACAACCUUUAUGAUCCGGUGGUGCGUUCGACAGUGCAAGUAUAUCCAGGAGGAUGGAGUGCAGUGUAUGCAUUCCUUGACAACCCUGGAAUGUGGAACCUGAGGUCACAACUCUUGAAGCAUUGGUAUUUGGGUGAAGAACUCUAUGUGAGAGUUUUCGAUGAUGAUCUUAACCCUAUCAAGGAGCGGCCGGCCCCAGACAACCUCCUUCUAUGUGGCAUAUAUAUGUGAAAUUUCAUUGAAAUAUCCCGUGUGUCACAUAAUUUGGAUUGUAAACAUUUAGUACUUGUAAUAAAAAUAACAAAAAUGCAUUUUAGUUCCAGACGUUCUUUAAUUGUCUUAAUUUAAUUAGAUGAGUUCUGUUACUUGUAAAACAAGUUAGCUUAUAUGUUCUCUGUUUGUUUGUUUUUUACAGGGAUUUUUGGUGAUUCUAAGGCUCCAGCUCCUCCGCCACCCCCAGCUUGAUAGACUUAUUAAUUAUUUGAAGCCUUUUCUUUUUGCGAAAAGAUUAAUGUAAGGACGCAUUAACAUAAAAUAGGAAUUGGUAACAUAUCCAAUAAGCCAAGAAGGAUGUCCACACUCUAUCCAAAUUUGAACCUCAGAGAA